CGAAUUCAUUCGGAUUUUUGGCUUUGAGUUGUUCAGUUGUGUGCCCUUAAACUUGCAAACUUGCGUAAUUGUGAAAAUUAUAAUAAAUAUUAAUAUAAAGUUAUAAAUGGUAAAAAUGAGUAACCAAAAAGAUAAUUGCAACCAAAAUGGAAAUAAUGGAGAUUAUAAUGAUGAGGAAAUUAAUGAGCCAGAAUGCCUACGAAAACUAUUUAUUGGAGGAUUAGACUAUAGAACUACGGAUGAUGGACUUAAAUCACAUUUUGAAAAAUGGGGUAAAAUAGUGGAUGUGGUGGUGAUGAAGGAUCCUCGAACGAAACGAUCACGUGGUUUUGGGUUUAUCACCUAUUCGAGAUCUACUAUGGUUGAUGAUGCACAAAAUGCACGCCCCCAUAAGAUUGAUGGCCGUGUUGUAGAACCAAAACGCGCAGUUCCACGUCAAGAUAUUGAUAAUCCACAUGCUGGUGCAACUGUAAAAAAAUUAUUUGUUGGUGGGCUAAAGGAUGAACAUGAUGAACAAUGCCUCAGAGAUUAUUUUGGUCAAUACGGAAAGAUAACAGAUGUGAAUAUAGUCAUCGACAAGGAAACUGGCAAAAAACGCGGAUUCGCUUUCAUUGAAUACGAUGACUAUGACCCAGUUGAUAAAAUUGUGUUGCAAAAAACCCACAACAUCAAAGGCAAGGCUCUAGACGUAAAGAAAGCAUUACCCAAACAGGACAUGAAUCGACAACAAGGUGGUGGUGGAGGUCGAGGUGGAAAUAUGGGUCGUGGUAGCAAUAUGGGGGGUGGAAUGAUGGGCAAUCAAAACAAUUGGGGUGGUAACAACCGAGGCAACGACAAUUGGGGUGGAAAUAAUGGCUUUGGCGGAGGAUUCAAUAGCAAUGGAGGAGGGGGUGGUUGGAAUAACAAUAGUGUAGGUCCUUGGGAUAAUGGCAAUAGUGGAGGUAACUGGAAUAACGGUCCUUCGAAUUUUGGUGGCCCUGGAAAUAAUGGACCAGCCAACAACGGUAACUGGGGGAACGAUUUUGGAGGUGGUUAUCAACAAAGCUACGGCGGUGGUCCCCAACGCGGCAACUAUGGUAGCAAUAAUCGUUCGCAGCCGUACAAUCAAGGCAAUUUUGGCAACAAAAUGGGCAAUCAAGGAGGUAAUUUCGGUAAUCAGGGCAACUUUGGUGGUCCCAAUGCUAUGGGAGGUGGUGGAGGUAACAGAAGAUACUAAGGUCGUAAAAUUGAGCCAGGUCACAUUCGUAAAGAUUAAAGCAAGCAAUCGAAAAGUUACAUAUAAGAAAACUUAAACAGCCACGAAAGCAGCAGAAUUAACAGUUUCAGUUGAAAAGAAUAAAGGUCAGAAAAUUUAAAGCAGAAUGUGAUGAGAUACCCCAGGAACAAUUUGAAGCACAGGUGGUCGAGAGGAAGGGAGAGGAAUGACGAUGAUGAUUAUAUAAGCAACAGUUACAUAUAUGAAUACUUAUACACAGAUACGAAGAAGUUACUCAUGUGUAGGCAUUUUACCACAUCAGCAAAAUAAGUACCUAUCGUACGUAGUUUUAAAGAUGAAAAUUUUAAGGAUCAAAUGCAAGAGAGAGACGAGUAUUAAAUAUUAAAAAAGUUAAGACAAACUUCCACAUAUAUUUCGAACAAAACAGAUAAUUUGAUGAAGAGGAUGAUUAUGUAAUAGAAAAUGAAAAAUUUAAAAGAGGAGAAAUACAACUUUAUAUUAAAAUAGUUUUUUUUCACAGUUUCUUGGAUUGAUUUUCUAUGCUGAAUCAACUCCUUGAAAUUAUGCACAUAAAAUGUAGUCAGAUCCUCCCACACUUCAUACCUAAUCUAGUGUUAUAUCUAAUGUUUUAGAUUUUCUGUAAAAUAUUCAAAUAAGUUUUUAGAAUAAGUUUAGUUGUAUUGUAUUUAUUGUCAAAUAUUUGUCAUACCCACAAGGUUUGAUGUUAGAAAGUCUGUAAGGAAAUUUAUCUUACAAAUUAACCAGAUUGGAUAGAUGUAGCAAUCAAAGAAAUUAUCAAUAAUUGACAGGAUAAUUUGAAUCAAAUUUCUUAAAUUAGUUAUCUUUUAUCAUUAAAAAUUACCUGAUAUUGAUAAUCUAUGUCUUAAAAACUUCGAUUAAGUUCUCACUGGAAUCAUUUUUUUACUGAAGAAUACAAUCUUUAAUAAUUGUAAACUUAUACAUAUAGAGAAAUAUAUACUUUACACAAAGACUGUGCAGUAACAUACAUUUAAGGAAAGAUGUGCAUAUCGUGUGUAGCACUUUUUGAGACGCAGACAAGUGAAUUGAAAAAAAUUUAUUUGAUUAGGGACUCACUGUCUUGGGACCAUAGACUCAGUUUUCUUCAUAAAGUGUGUUCACCAUUUCGUAGAAGAGGUGAUUUUGGAGUUGUCAGUUAGAUGGAAAAAGGCUUAUCUCGAGAUAUGUUAACCAAUGUAGUUAUAUUAAAAAAAAUAGUGUUUUGAAAUACAUGAAACUUUUGAUUUGCCGCAAAGUAAUUUUAACAAUUUUUGUUGCAAGAUCGCUGCCAAGUGCUGUGUGUGCAUUCUCAUCUUUGCCACGUGAAUAGAGCUUCGAAACGGGAAUACCGGAUGCAUACUUUUGGGACAGAAAGUAGAGGCGAAGUUAGUCCGACCAUCUGCGGUAAGUUUUGUAAAAUAUAUUGCAGGUUACAACUGGAGCCACUUGGCGCAUGAUAUACAUAUAUUUUUUAUUGUAAUGUACUUGUACUGACAUUUAUUUUUUUAAUAAAGUUUGCAAGUAUUCAAGAA